ACUGUAUUUUACAUUCUCACAUAACAGUAUUCUAUAAAUAAUGAUAAAGUUAUGAUGGCGUCAUAUCAGGAUUGGAAACCAGUUGUUUGGGUAAAAAACGAAAGCGUCAAGGGCCCGAACAAGGAAGCCGCUCUAAACAAGGCCAGAAGGUCAGGAGUGGAACUCGAAACUCAAAAGAAGUUCCUUGGAGGCCAAAAUAAGGCGACAAAAGGGUUCAUACCCGGAAACGCAGCAAAGAUAGAAAAUGAAACUGAAUGCUUCAAGGUCGAACGUAUUUCCUUUGCAUUCCGUACAGCUCUGCAAAAGGCCAGAAUGGACAAAAAAAUGACACAAAUUCAGCUCGCAAGAGCUAUAAAUGAAAGUGAAACUACGAUCAAGGAAUACGAAAAUGGAACUGGCAUUCCAAAUGGCCAGAUUGUUCAAAAAUUGAAUCGCGCUUUGGGUGUUCGACUGCCACCCGCAAAGGAACAAAAACCCAAAGGUCUAGAAUAGUGUGUAAUCUCAACUGUUAAAGCGCAGUAAUUUUAAUAAUGCUUGGUUGAAUAUAUC